GAAUUUGAAGAAUAUUUAUUUAAAAUGGAGAAAACCUUAUUGACAGUUGGUUUGAUGAUGUUGUUGGGUGCAAGCCUUUACUUGAACAACACAUAAGAAGUAUCUGAUGAAAUUGACACAGCAAAUCUUUAUGCAAAUUGGAAAUUGAAAUAUCAAAGAAGAUAUACAAAUUAAAGAGAUGAAAUGUACAGAUACAAGGUGUUUUCAGAUAAUCUUAAAUAUAUCAGAGAUUUUUAGGAGACAACAUACACAUUGGAAUUAAAUUAAUUUGCUGAUAUGAGUUAAUAAGAAUUUGCUUAAACAUAUUUAAGUUUAAGAGUUCCUUAGAGAGUAAAUUUGAGUAGUGGAAAUGAGAAUUUCUAAUAUAAAGGUGCAGAAGUAGAUUGGACAACAGAUAAGAGCAUAAAAUAUCCAGGAGUUAAGAAUUAAGGAUCAUGUGGUUCAUGUUGGGCAUUUUCAGCAGUAGGAACACUUGAAAUAAAUACAGAUAUUGAAUUGAAUAGAAGAUAUGAUUUAUCUGAAUAAGAUUUAGUCGAUUGUUCAGGACCAUAUGAUAAUGAAGGAUGUAACGGUGGUUGGAUGGAUUCUGCUUUUGAAUAUGUUGCUGAUAAUGGCUUGGCUGAAGCUAAAGAUUAUCCAUACACUGCUAAGGAUGGAGUAUGUAAGACAACUGUCAAAAGAGGUUACAGACAUGUUGUAGGAUUUUAUGAUAUUGAUACAUGUGCUGAAUUAGCAGAAACAAUAUAAUAAAGAACAGUUGCUGUUGCUGUUGAUGCCAAUCCAUGGUAGUUCUAUAGUAAUUAUUUAUAUUAAUUUUAAUAGGAAGUGGUAUUUUAACUAAAUGUACUAAAAAUUUAAAUCAUGGUGUUGUACUUGUUGGUGUGUCAGCUGAUGGAGUUUGGAAGAUUAGAAAUUCUUGGGGAUCUACAUGGGGUGAAGCUGGACAUAUUAGACUUGCUGGAGGUGAUACUUGUGGUAUUUGUGCUGCACCAUCAUUCCCAUUAUUAGAAUGAUAAAAACUUUGAUUAAUCAUACAUUACAAUAUAAUCAUAAUUAAUAUUCGU